CUGGGCACACCUGGACGUCGUCAUCGCCCUGCUGGCCGCCGGAGCAGACACGGACGUGCAGGAAAAGGACGGUUUCACUCCGCUUCACAAAGCCACCUACUACGAGUUCCCGGACAUCGUUAUGGCUUUGCUCGACUCGGGGGCGAACGUCGACCUACAGAGCAAAGAGGGCGACACACCGCUCAUCUACGCCGCCAAGAAGGGCAACGUCGACCUCAUCACCCUCCUGGUCAACGCCACGGCCAACCCCAACCUCCAGGAACACACAGGCAAGACGGCGCUGCACUGGGCCGUCAUCAACCGCAAGGCCAACUGCGUGAGGGCUCUGCUGUGGGGCUGCCCGGACCUCAACAUCAGGGACCACGACGGGAUGACGGCAUACGACAUCGCCCAGUAUAAACCCAAGGAAGAGGUCCUCCAACUUCUGGAAGGUCACGACCCCUCCAACUGUACCAUGAAUCCUGAUUUCAUGAAUAAUGACGUGUACUAGCGCCUCUGGAUUCAACGUCAAAGGACCCGGAUAGAGUGAGAGGAACCUGCUAAAGAAGGAUGAAAAUGGAAUGAAACUUUCGCUUUUUGCCUCGAUGGAGUUCUACUUUUUCAUUAAAACCCGAAACUUUAACAAAAAAGAUUCAAGUGAAGAGAAGACAAACCUGGAGAUGGAUUUAGAUGUUCUUCAAGUGUUCAAUUGAAACUUAUAGAGGGAAUGGAUAUCCUUUUGCUGAAUAAUAAGACCAAUGCAUUUG